AUGCUGCCCUUGCCUUGCCCAAAAGGCGACUUCACCGACAAGAUAGUUCUCAUCACGGGUGCAAACACAGGGCUUGGGCUCGAGGCAGCUCGAUACUUUAUCCGCCUCCAAGCCAAAAAGGUCAUCCUCGGUUGUCGAGAUUUAAACAAGGGCCAAGCCGCGAAGCGCGACAUAGAGUCAACGGAGCGUAUUGACGCCACUCUCGACCCGGAUAGAGUCGAGGUUUGGCAGGUGGACAUGGAAUCCUUCGACAGCGUCAAAGCCUUUUGCAGUCGCGCCGCCAGCCUGACCCGUCUGGAUGUUGUCGUCGAAAACGCCGGCUUCCUAAGCAUUUUAUACCAGAUGGCAGAGGGCUACGAGCGCCUAACCACGGUCAAUGUCAUUUCGACUUGGCUCAUGGCUUUGCUGCUUCUUCCCGUGCUACGGGAUACCAAGCAAAACUUCUACCCCAACAGGAAUGUCUCGUCGCCCGAUUCUGAUCCGGAUACUAAUGACAUCCCACAUCUAGUCGUGGUCUGCUCCAAUGCCCACUUUUACACUACUUUCGAAGGCCGUAAUGAGCCCUUUAUUUUUAAGCAUUUCCAGCAUGACCACGACAUGCUUAACCGGUAUGCCAACACAAAGCUCAUGAGCCUCUUGACUGGUCGGGAAGUCGCAGCACAAAUGACGAUGAGCGCGAGGGAGCAGGGCAAGGAGCAGGUCGUGCUGAACAUGGUCGAGCCCGGGGCCUGCAAGACGCAACUGUUGCGGGAGAAUUAUUCUUGGCCGUGGUACUACAAGAUGAUCACCAGCGUCGGUUUUGGGCUUUUUGGACGUACGCCCGAAAUGGGGGCGAGAACGUAUGUCGCGGCUGCUACGGCAGGAUUGAAGAGUCAUGGAGUCUACAUGGAGGACUGUCAGCUAAGCACGCCGCAUGAAUUUGUGACUUCAGAGGAGGGUAAUAGGACCCAGAAGAAGGUGUUUCGAGAGUUGGUGGAAAUCUUGGAGAGCAUUAAGCCAGGUGUCACAAGGAAUAUAUAA